GUAAUUGCCAACGUAAAGGAAUAACACAGGAAGAAUAGCAAAUUAUCAGCUUUAACGAUUGUGCGAAUUUACUGUAAUCGAAAGUCUAACAUCUACUAGACAUUUCAUUUUCUGAAAUAUGUUUCUUUAGCUGGGCCCUGCUAGUAAAUUGGCAUAUUCGCAAUGUAAGGAAAGAUUGUACAACUAAUAAAAGUUUGUGAUUCUGAAUACCGAAAGAUAUAAAAAAUUGUGCCAAAUAUCCCCUAAAACGGAUUGUGUUGUUACAAUGGGACAAUAACUGCAUGGGAUACUUGUAAAUGCCUGGUGUUUCAGCGAUGGCAGAAUCUGACGUUUGGGAACUUCUCAAUAAUGAUGAUUUUUUACGACAAUUUGUUUCAAAAGAACCUAAGCCAGACUCUAGUUUGGCAGCGGUGUCACAAGGUUUAGCUGUAGCAGAACAAAUAAAGAAACUGACCGAAGUUAUUGUACUUUUGGAUAAGGAACUCCAAAAACAAGUCUUAGAAAAUCAUGAAGAUCUUCUGUCACAAGCAACUUGGGUGGAAAAACUAGAAGGAGUUCUGUCAAGCAUGCUGUCACAUGUGCAAUGUUUACUUUCAGCUGUUGAAAGACUACGUGGGAAGAUAGUAGAACCUUUUGAUAAAAUAGCAAUGCAGACUCUCAUGUUGUCAAGAUUACAUGCCACAUCAGAUUUAUUAAGACGUGUAGCUAGAAUACAACACGUAUGUAAGCGUCUUAAUACUUUAAUGCAUGAUAUUGGAACUGGUAACACAUCAGACUUGGUUAAAGCUGCUCAAAGUCUUUAUGAACUCGAUCAGUUAGCAGAAGAUGUUGAUUUGUCUGGGUUGGAAGUUUUGGAAGAAGAUGAACGUUCAAUUAGAAUACAUAAAAGUACUGUAGAAAAACGUGCUAAAAGUAUGUUGAAUGAAGGACUUCUUAACCAGAAUCAGUCUCAGGUGAUGACUGCUGUACAAGUAUUUUAUUGUAUGGGAGUUCUUUCUAAUGUGAUAUCUCAGGUGGCAACAAAUGCUGAACAGCAAGUGACUAAGAGUGCUCCAGGAAGAGCAGCUAUGCCGUCUUUAGGGAACCUCUCAAUGUUUCGUUCACGGUUAUGGUCAUCACUGGAAAAUUUGUUUGAGUCUUCAAUAUACAAACAUUGUGUACAAAUAGCAUUACUGGAACGCACCCUGUCAAAAAAAACACGAGACAGUCUGUUGAUGAGCAACCAGCAUUCAACCUACCUUGAUCUGCUGCCUGGUAACACACAAAAUUUGGCAACCAAUUUGUGGAACAAUAUAACGACUCUCCUAGCAAAGCAACUCGUACUUGCUUCUCAAAAUCUCCAAAUUCAUGUAAUGGCAUUUUUUCUAGGUACAUCUUUUUUAAAGCAAACUUUGGAAGGAGAAUAUCCUAAAUUUUUAAGAUUGUACUUGGAUCUCUGUAAAAAGUUACAGGCUGCGGAACAGAGUGCAGAGCAAGUAGAAUGUAUUGAUACAAAAAACUGUAGCGAAGGAACUGAGAACACAAUCUUCUGUCUUAACCGAGAAGUAGUAAUUCCAUUUGAAAAUGCUUAUUUAUCGUGCUCAGUGUCUCGUUUAUUGGACCCUGUGAACCUAAUGUUUUCUGGGGAAAAUGUACCUUCUCAUGAAGAAGUAGAUUCAUUAAUCAGAACAAUUACAAGCGAACUAAGCGUGUCACUUGUUGAUGCCAAUCUGAGUCGAACUGUUGCUCGCAACAUUAAUAAAACAGUGAGGCUGUUCUGUUUAAAGUGUGAGCAGAUGGUGGUUACUGGAGGAGAAGCAACACAAGUCAUAGAUGCGAGUACUGCUGGUCAGGUCAUGAAUGUAUCCAUUGCCAAUCUCCUCCAUUAUCUGAAUGGACAAGUUAAAAGAGUGAUCACCAAUAUGAAAAACAGCUUGCCUCCAGAAACUAUGACCAUAGUUCAAGAAGCUUUAGUAAAUACUGAGAAUCUGAUUAGAAGCAUUGUAAAUCCAUUACUUUCAUCUAUAUCAGAUGCAAUUGAAGCAAUUAUUUUAACUGUACAUAAUGAAGAUUAUUCUAUGAUGACAGUUACUCUUCCAAGUGGUACAACUGCUAUUAGUAGGAAAACAGACCCUACAUGUUCCUUGUAUAUGAAAGAGUUACAAGCUUUUAUUUCUAGAUCAGUGAAUAAUUAUCUUUCACCAUUCCUCAAUCAAGAAAUAGUAUCAAAGAGUUCUAGUCCUGUAGCUGGACGAUGUUUAGAACUCUUUUUACGUCACACAAGUUUAGUUCGACCUCUUGGAGAUGGUGGUCGCAUGAAGUUAGCAGCUGAUUUUGCGCAGAUGGAAUUGGCUGUUACUCCUCUGUGUCGCCAAGUUGCAGAAUUGGGUCAGGCAUACAAGACGUUAAGAGCAUUUCGCCCUCUCUUAUUUAUGACUCCAGAGCAUGUUGCUAGUUGUUCAGCUGUAGGAGAAGUAAUUCCAUACAGUUUAGUUCUUUUAUCUCUUUUCUCUCGGGGACCACCAGAGUUACCAUCACCCCAUCAGAGUGCAAAUUGGUCAAUAAGCCGCUUUUCGCAAUGGAUGGAUAGUCACCCUUCCGAGCAAGAGCGAUUGGAAAUAAUGAGUGGUGCAUUGCAGCGGUAUCAACAAACAAUUCGUCAGCGUGGUGAAACAAAGUUUCAUGAUGUGUAUCCUGUAAUGAUAGAUAUUUUGGAACGUGGCAUGGGAAAAGCUUCUGCAACUUGCUUGUCAUGAUCCAAUUUUGUAACUACUUUUUAUCAAUUGAAUACAGUUAAAUAUAAAAUGCUUUACUCAAUGUUUCAAAACACAUUAUUUGAACCAAAUAAUCCUUUCACUUUCAAAAAUUGUAUUGUAUUAUUGUUCAAGAAAAAAUUGAAAGUUUGUGAUAUACAAUCUUAAGCAGAAGAUUUGUCACAAGGGGCAAUUAAUCGUCUUUAAUACAGCAUUAGUAUUUAAACAGAUCAUUCAUAAUUAGCCUUAAUAAAAAUAUUGUGAUAUUGAAACUCA